CGUAACGUUGCUUGUGAUUUGUUUCUCGCCGGACAACUGUAUGAGCGACACCAGCGUUGGUUUCUACAGGUGACUCCGGUUACCGUUAUUGGAGCAGGACGGACAGUGGUGUCUGUCGCUUGUCGUCGUCUCAUCAUUUCUGUCUCAGAGCAUCACAAACCAGAACAAAUUUCAGGACAACUUGUUGGGGAAAUUGAUUAUUUAAGCCUCCUCUUGAGUGUGUCUGACAUGUCACCUUCACGGUCCGUUCUGCUGGUGGGAGAGGGGAACUUCUCCUUUUCCUCCUCGGUGUGCAGGUUGGACUCUGAAUCAGAGAGCAGCGUAACGGCCACUUGCCUGCAGCAUCAGGAGGAGGCACUGCGGCAAGAAGGUGCAGCCGCCAACAUCCAGACCAUCAAGGACUCGGGAGGAACUGUCCUGUUUGAGGUGGACUGCACAAAGCUUGGGGAGUGCGCCUUCCUUAAGGGCCGUGUGUUUGACCGAGUGGUGUUCAACUUCCCCCACUGCGGGAGGAAGAGUGGGGUGAAAAAGAACAGAGAGCUUCUUAAAAACUUCUUCCUGAGUUGUGUUGAAGUUCUGGCUGAGGACGGGGAGGUUCACGUCUCCUUGUGUAACGGACAAGGCGGGACUCCGGCGGACCAGCCGAAGCGCGAGUGGCACAACAGCUGGCAGGUGAGUGCCAUGGCAGCCGAAGCUCACCUCAUCCUCAGCGCUGUGCGUCCGUUUGAAAGUGACAAUCUCCCAAGUUACAAGUCCACUGGAUACAGGAGCCAGGAUAAGGGCUUUCAUGUGGAGAAAGCUCUGCUGCAUGUGUUUUCACGCAGCACCUCCUACACUCCUGUCCAGAUAGUACAGAUGGAAGAGCUUGUUGAAGGGGAAAAGGUCCACUACAACAUACCAGCUGAGCUCAGUGAUUAUGUAUUCAGGAGGUUCCUCUGCUCAGAUUCCAUCCAUCCCGUCAAGUUGGUGCAAGACUUUCUUCUCGAGGGCUUUGCAGAACGGUGCCCAGUCUCCAUGAAAGAAGAACCUUUUCCCUUCCUCAUAUCGGCCAAACGGCUCCAGACAUGCUGCCACGGUGUUGACAACUUGCAGUGCUACUGGAUCCAUCCACUUCAGAAAGAACUCACCUUUCAUGUUCAAGAAAAAGAUGCUGCUUGCUCAAACACAAAAGCUACUUUAUAUCCUUCCAAGUCAGACAAGGUGAGGAGUAAGGGAACUGAGUGUUUACAGCCUAUAUGUUGCCAUGAUGUUAAUCUAGAAGUGGAAGGGGAUCUUUACAUGCUGCGUCCAUCACUGCGUCCUCAGCUGGAAGAGCUCCUUAUAAACAAAGAAGAUAUUGAUGCUGCACAACCUCAAGAGGAAAUUGAUAAAGGUUUUGAGGUUGAGGGCAGUAAGAAAGAAGAAGCCUGUCAGGGCUGUAAUGGGGCUUCUAGCUUGUUGUUUGGUAUAAGUGGGGUGGUGUUCAGGGGUGUGCCUAUCAGCCUUUGGGCUCUGCCUGCCUUUCAUGAGCUUCUCCUCACGGGUGUUUUCCCUUUGGAAAGUGAGCCAGUUAAAUUGAUAUUACAUGAGCUGGAAACGCUCCUCUCUCCUUAUGGGGUCUCCAUAGUUACAGAAGAGGGAGGCCUGCAUCUGGUGGCUCAGCCGAUAGGUUUGAUCGGUAAAGUGUUUUCAAGCGACACCGCUGACAGCAACAAGCACGUCACUGUCAGUGCAUCUCUAAAUUUAGACCUCCUCGCUGUUCUCUUGUUCUCAGUCCCCGACUGGCGGCUGCUUUGGUCUCAUGACCCACGCUUCCUAAAACAGUUUUCUCUCCGACCACCACCAGGGACGUCUUUUCAGCCUUUUUCCUUGCACCCCGAGUCCUUCAGCUUUGACAUCAGCUUCUGGACAGGACCAGCAUGGGUGGAGAAAAGGUUCUACGCUAUUGUGCGAGAGGCAAGCCGCGGAACUGUGGAGCAAGUUAAACUCAUUGACACGUUCUCGCACCCUGACCUGAGUCAGACCAGUUACUGCUACAGACUCGUCUACCACUCACACACACACGCCCUGUCUCACACACAAGCCCUGAGAUUUCAUAAGCAGCUGGAGGUAUUACUCUCGUCUCGUCUGCAGGUCACAAUCAGGUAACACUUCCCACAAACUGUUGGAGACAUUAGGAAAAACUCCAACAUGAGCUUUGAGCCAUAGGAAAAGAUGACCUGAAAAUCUGUAGUCAAACGUUUGCAGUGGUUGAAACCGUGGUUGUUUUGUUGUCAUUUGAAAUGUGACUGUAUGUUUGUGUUAUAACUAUACAAUAAACUUAUUAUUUAAACUGAA